AUGACAGCUGACACAACCGCCGCACGGGACUUUGUACUGCGGACCGCGCGGGAACACGACGUGAAGUUCAUUCGCCUGUGGUUCACCGACAUCCUGGGCAAGCUCAAGGGCUUCGCGAUCACCGCCGACGACCUGGAGGACGCGCUGGACCGGGGCGUGGGGUUCGACGGCUCGGCCAUUGACGGAUUUGCCCGGCACCACGAGAGCGACAUGCGGGCCUAUCCCGAUCCGGCCACCUUCACGCUGCUGCCCUGGCGUCCGCGCCAGAACGCCGUGGCCCGGAUGUUCUGCGACAUCAGGCAGCCCCGGGGCCAGACCUUCCCCGGCGACCCGCGCCAGGUCCUGAGGCGGAACCUGGACAGGGCGGCGGAGAUGGGGUUCACCUAUAACGUCGGGGCCGAGCUGGAAUUCUUCUACCUGAAGAACGCCAGCGCUCCGGAGCUGCUGGACCACGACGGGUACUUUGACCAGCUUUCCAGCUACCCCGCCUCCGACCUGCGGCGGGAGACCGUGCUCAACCUCGCGGAGAUGGGCAUACCGGUGAAGUACUCCCACCACGAGGGCGCGCCCAGUCAGCACGAGAUUGACCUGGAGUACACCGACGCCCUCACCAUGGCCGACAACCUGAUGACGGCCAAGCUGGUGAUCAAGGAGCUGGCACAGCUGCAGAACGUGUACGCCACGUUCAUGCCGAAACCGAUUUCGCGCGUCAAUGGCUCGGGUCUGCAUCUACACCAGUCCCUCUUCGCCGGCGAGGCCAACCGAUUCUAUGACGCGGACGACGAGCAGUACCUGUCGAUGCUGGGCAAGCAGUUCAUCGCGGGACUGAUCGCCCACGCGCCGGAGAUAACCCUGGUGACCAACCAGUGGGUGAACUCGUACAAGCGGCUCAUCCCGGGUUACGAGGCGCCGGUGUACGUCUCCUGGACCCACGUGAACCGUUCCGACCUGAUUCGCGUACCCAGCUACGAGCGCGGGGAGGAAGCGUCCAUCCGCAUCGAGUACCGGUCUCCCGACCCGGCGUGCAACCCCUACCUGGCGUUCAGCGCCAUGCUGGCCGCGGGGCUCAAGGGCAUCGAGGAGCAGUACCAGGUUCCGGCUCCCGUGGUGGGCAACGUGCAGGAGAUGUCGCCCCAGCGCCGGCAGUCCCUGGGGAUCCGCACCCUGCCGUCCAGCCUGGGGGAGGCCAUCAACCUGGCCGAGACCAGCGAACUGCUCUACGAGGCUCUCGGCGACCACGUGUUCAACAGCCUGAUCGAGAACAAGAAGCUGGAGUGGGACGAAUACCGGUCGGAGGUCACCGACUACGAGGUCUCCCGCUACCUCUCCACGCUGUAA